UCACCAAUGUACAAACAAUUGUCAAAAUUAUACGCCUGAGAAAUUAAAGGCAGCUCGAAGUGCCAUGUUUGACAUUAAAAAGCUCGAACAAAGCAGAGGGCCUAAACACCUUACUUGGACAUAAAAAUCUGUGUUUCAAAUCACAGAACCCCCUUCCAUUUCACCCACAAAAAAAAAUAAUAUAUAUAUAUAUAUUUCUUGCUUAUAUGUUUUCACUUUUCUUUUUUUCUUUGCUUCCUCCUUUGCUUCUCUUACAUUACUCAUCUCUUUUUUUCUAUGAUGGUUGAUAAUUUGAAUAUUCUACCUUCUCCCGUUUCUUCCUUGUCAACAGUAGCUAAAGACAAUAAAAUGUUGGAAAAGUUGCCCCCACCUUCCUCCUUGUUGAGUCCGAAUGAAAAGCUUGAUUUUGUGGACGUUCAACAUGAAAGCAGCCACCAGCAGCCUUUCAUCCUACCGCCACCUUCUUCGUUACCAGGUUUCCAUCAUCAUCACCCUCCACAUCCUCUUUUAGAAGCCAAGGUCCCUUCUCCUCCUCCUCCUUCCGCCAGUAUCAACUAUGAUUAUCAACCAUUAUACUAUUAUUAUCCUAGUCCUACAAAUAGUAAUACUACUACUACUAGUACUACUACUACUACUACUUCAAUCGCACCUAUCAAACAAGCUGGGAAAGCCGGUGCAAAGAGGAAAGAACAAGAGACAACCUCCCCAAAGAUGAAAAAGAGAGCAAAAAAGUUGCCAUCCGUAGCAAAAGCAAGUAAUACAACGAAUAACGAUGACAUCUCCGCAGCCGCAGUUACUUUAGCUUCUUUUGCUACUUCUCCCACUGUGAAUGAUACUAUCGAUGACACUGCAUCUGAAGAUCCUCAUGAUCCUGAACAUUCACCCACUGUCACAAUGAAGAAGAAGAGAGCUUAUACUACAAAAAACCAACAACAACAACAACAAUCGGAAAGCAACCAAGUAUUAGAAGUAAAGUCUAUCUGCAAUAGAAAGAAAAAAAAAAUUUUUUUGUUUUUCUUUGAAAGAACUCUUUGACUGAAACCAAUUAUUCCCUUUUUAUUCUUUUUUGCAGGCUGCUAGAAUUCUUAUGGAUAUCUCUAGAUGUGUCGUUCGACCUGUGAGUGUAGCUCAUUAAGCAAACUAACUGAUGCACUCUCAUGUUUGCCUUUUUUUUUUUAAAAAAAAAAAAAGGCCCUUUGUAUAUAAUUUUUUAAUUCUAAAAACCACAUCAAAAACACUUGUAAAAGUCGAUUCUUUGUACAUAACUCUUUUUCUUUUUUUCUUUAUAUACUGUAUUUAUCAUUCACGCCCUAUUGCUUGAAUAAAAAUGUCUUUUGAUUUUCUUCUACA